AUGGAUCUGUCAACUACUCCCCAGCGAACGCCGUAUCGACUCGGCGGGCUCUCCUCCUUCCUCCCGCUCAACGAUGACACCACGACUGUGUCAACUAGAGGUCAGCGCCUUCCAGGACUACUUCAGAGUCGUUCAAGCGCGUCACUGUUUACCAUACCCAAGCGGCCGCACACCCGACGAGGCUCCUUUCACAGCAACCAUUCCCUCGAGGACGAAGAGCAAAGCGUCCAGGAUGAGAUGGAACCCCUGCAUAGACGACGCACUGCGACCUUGGAGGUCGACUCGCGGCGGAUGAGCCUGGGACCGGAGAUCCUGAACACCCCUCAAAUGCGCAGCAUGCGAUUGAUCGGCAACAGUAAUCCUCGGUACCGCUGGCACCAGUAUUACAAGACGGAGGAAGAGCUGAAGAAGAUGGAGAAACAUAUACGAAAAUACUAUGAACGGAACAACUUCCUGAUUGCUCAAUACAUGUAUAUCGACCGGCUGCUGGACUCGUCGCUCCCUCACCAUCUCAUUCAAGAAUAUCACCAGCCCGCGAAUGGCUUCAGUGCCAACAUGAAGACCAUCAGCGAAGAGCCUUCUGGGUCUGCCACCAACGCGUCUACACCCACCGGUACCCAACCUGGCAACACUCCAACUCCGGCUGAAGCCAAAUUGAAGCGAACACCAAAGAAUUUAUAUAAGCUUCCCAAUGAGGCCACGCCUCUAUUGACCGAUGAUGACGACCCUCCCGACGUCCCCUUCCCAGACAUCGACCUGGAGAAUAUGGACCAAAACGUUGAGUCGGACGAUCCCAUCGUGACAGUGGCAAUCUACCUCAACCUUGCGGCGAACAUAAUUCUUCUUGCUGGAAAGCUUGUCGUCAUGGUACUGACGUCCUCGCUCUCCGUGCUUGCGUCUCUCGUCGAUGCCGCCCUCGACUUUUUGUCGACUGCCAUCGUCUGGACCACCACGAAGCUUAUUUCUCGACAAGACUCAUAUGCGUACCCGAUAGGGCGGCGGCGUCUCGAACCUGUCGGUGUUCUUGUCUUCAGUAUCAUCAUGAUCACCUCGUUCUUCCAAGUCAGUCUGCAGUGUCUGAAUCGCCUGCUCUUACCGGACCAUAGUGUCGUGCAGCUAGGAAUUCCCGCCAUCGUCAUCAUGCUGAGCACCAUAGCCAUCAAAGGCUUCUGUUGGUUCUGGUGCCGGCUGGUGAAGAAUAGCUCUGUGCAAGCCCUGGCUCAGGAUGCGGCCACUGAUGUUGUCUUCAACCUGUUCUCGAUCGUGUUUCCCCUUGUCGGCUACUACGCUCAGAUUUGGUGGCUUGACGCCUUGGGCGGUCUCUUGUUGUCGCUCUACGUCAUUUUCAACUGGUCCAAGACCAGCAGUGAGCAUGUCCGCAACCUGUGCGGAGCUGCGGCGACGGCCGACCAGCGCAACGUUCUCCUUUAUCUUACGAUGCGGUUUGCAAAGACUAUUCGCUACAUCCAAGGCCUUCAGGCCUACCACGCCGGCGACAAGCUGAAUGUCGAGGUCGAUAUUGUCCUCGACGAGAACAUGAGCCUGCGGGACAGUCAUGAUCUCGGGGAGAGUUUGCAGUACGUGUUGGAAAGCGUGCCGUAUGUGGACAGGGCAUUUGUGCAUGCGGAUUAUGCCGAUUGGAAUCUGCCGAGUCAUAUGAAUCAGCAAGCGUGA